AUGAUGGAAGUGUUGAAGCAGAUAGAGAUCCCAGGCGGUGGGCCGAGCACCUGUGGUGUUUUCAGUCGCGAUGGACAAUGGCUGGCGGUCGUGAGAGGUAUAGAGGUGUAUAUUUAUGAGACCUCGGGGUAUCAAUUGCGUGAGACAUUGGUCUUGGAACACGCUGCUGGUGUGUCACAGAUCUGCUGGUCGCCUGAUGGCAAGUGCAUUGCGUCUUGCUCCGAUGACUUCACUGUUGUUGUGACACAUAGACAGCUUGGGUUGUUACAUAGACUAGUGGGCCAUACAGCACCAGUUAUAUCUCUAUGCUAUAACAAUAAAGGAAACUUGCUCUUUACUUCGUCAAUGGAUGAGAGUAUCAAAGUUUGGGAUGUGCUCACGGGCACUGUGAUGAAGACAAUGUCAGCACACUCAGAGCCCGUGGUAUCCAUUGAUCUAUCUGAUAAUGACGGGAGUAUAUUGAGCUCGGGCUCACACGAUGGUCUUAUUAGAAUUUUUGACACAGCUACCGGCCAUUGUUUGAAGACGUUGACUUACGAUAAGGAUUGGCAAAGUGAAACUGGUGUGGUGCCAAUCGCUAAGGUGAAAUUCUCCGCCAAUACUAAGUAUCUACUGGUUAAAUCGUAUGAUGGUGUUGUGAAAAUAUGGGACUCAGUCUCGGGUGAUGUUGUCCGAACGUUUAAACCAUCUAAUAAGAAGUAUAACUUGACCCAUUGCUGCGGUAUGGACUUCAUGUAUCCACAGAGCACGCAAUCUCCGUUGAUCCUCAGCGGUUACGAGAAAGGAGAGAUCUACUGUUGGGACUCAAACACAAAGGCUGAAUUGCAAGUGUUGAAGAUUGAAGAGUGUGACUCUGCGAUUAUAAGCAUUGAUUGCCACAACAACCUAAUGUGCUCAUUGUCUCUGGCAGGUAAUUGCACGAUCUGGAAAUACGUUACUGAAACAACAUAA